ACUGUGCCACUGAUAUAUAGAUAAGCGGGUGGCGGCAGCCUUGAUUUACUUCAGUUUUAUUUCUUUUUCCGCGCCAAGCUCCUAGAUUUUCAUUUUUUGGCGUUCAAUAUGGGGUUUGUAGACUUUAUAAAAAGUCUAAAACUUCGAGAAUGGGUCAACAUUGGAUUCUUCUUCGUAUCCCUUGCCAUGCUGAUUGCUGGAUCUGUAAUGUUAGGUGUGGCGAUUGCAAGUAUACCACCCAUGCCACCUAUGCCUGAAGACAUUCCUACUACAACGCCUGUGCCGACAAUCCAACCAGUCGUAAUUUUCACGACUUCUCUUGUAGCCGGAAUUUCAUGGAAUUCUGAUUAUGCAAAUUCGAAUUCAGAUGCUUUCAAAACUCUUGCCACUGGAAUUUCGACAAACAUCUCAAAUGCCUACACAAGCCCAACAAAUUCAUUUGGCUCAGCACCGCUCACAACUCAAAUUAAUGCGUUUACCCAAAAUCCAAAUGGAGUUAACUUCUACGCUGAGCUGAUCUUCCCGGAUACAACAGCAACACCAGCAUCUGUUAUAAAUGCACUUUCGUCGCAGGGUUACCUGACCAACGCAUUCGUGUCUUCAACAUCGCAAUGCUCGGGCCUCAUUCCUCCUACUCAACCGGUCAAUCCAUCUGUUUCUCCAUCUGUACCACCAUCAAAUAUGCCGCCCACUACCACAGCUCCUAUGAAACUUGGCGCAGUCUGUGAUUCAUCUUCCACGCCAUUCAGAAACAUUUUCUUGGUUGACGUAUCCGUGCCAAUUAUUGGAACGCUGGAUAAUAAGCUGGCAAUGAUUUCGAACUACUUGAGUAAUGCUGCUUCAUUGGUAAACUUAGAUCAAAAUACUAAUUGGAAUAAUCAAGAGUUCCGGCUUGUUGUUUAUGGAGCAAAUGAGCCAACGCCGAUGGGACGUGCCCGCAACCAACCAGCCUGGGCUUCCAUCGUUGCCAACCUCAACUCGUCAAUUGUGAACCCAACUGGUGCUGAUGGACAUCAACUCACUGAUGCUCUUCGUUUUGUAUACAACAAUUACCGGCCGAUUCCAGGAGUUGCUGGAAAUAUCAUUGUUGUUGGAGAUGGAUUCGACUUCGAUGAAGCUCAAUCCGCUUCCCCAAUUGCCAGUGCUCUCAAAAGCCAAUACUUCUUCUCUCUCGGCUUCAUCUUGAUGUCCACUUCUCAAGCCCAACAAGGAGUCGUUAUGCAGUUGGCAACCGAUUAUUCUCAUUUCUACCCGAUCGACACAGUCGACUAUCUUAUGAAUCCAUCAGUCCUUCAAACCCAAGCUCAAUGGAUCUGUGCAGCAUUCUACCCGACUGCAGCCCCACCAACGCCUCCACCAACCAGACUACCACUGAUCACUACAAUCGGAACUACCACGAACCCGGCUGUCAGGACUACAGUAAAUCCAUUGUUCCCACCAAUUGCUUCUUGUAAACAGAAUGUUCUAUUCUUGAUCGAUCAAUCACAGACUCUUCUACUCAGUGGAUAUAAUAGCGCCAUCCAAUUUGCCAAAAACACUGCUACCUCACUAUCAACAUACAACUCUCAGACAACUUUUGCGUUUAUUAUUUACAACCAAGUUGUUAUCGCAGAAUCGAACGGGUACACUGAUCUUCAAACUUUCACCGGUGCAAUUAGCAAUGCAGGCCAACAACUUGGUACUUCAGAUGUUACUGUAGGAUUCAAUGAAGCUCUCAACUUUAUCAAAACGAAAUCUCAAUACAACGACGACUCCGUCACUUCCCUCCUCUACUAUAUCACUGAUGGAACGGAUUACGCUGGACUAGUCCCAAAAGUUAUUAACACCACCCUAACUAUUAGAUCUCAAUUGCAAACAGAAGUUAUUGGAGUUGAUCUCAUCGAAACUGUGCAGAGCAAGCAGAAUGUGCAGAAUGCCACUCAAUUUGGAGUUUACGAUGGCUACAGUCAGUCAAUCUACGUUGGAGUGAGCCAACCAAAUGGAAUUCUCGAUGCGAACAUUUUGAACUCAACAAAUCAUCAGUUGAGAUGCAAAGACUACUCAAAUUGUUAUACUGGACUCACUUUUGUCAUUGAAACUUCUGAAGCUGAGGGAGCUAAUUACAUUGAUGUGGAAACCCGUGCCGUAUUGAAUGUGAUGAGCCAUUACCAGUCCAUGAUUUCUCCGUUCAAAAUGUCGGUGUCAUUGGUGUACUUCUCAUCUCCAGACAACCUGGCCCCUAACCAAUCCGGUCAAAGUGCAGUGCUUCUUGAUCAUGCCACCGACGGAAACUCUGCUAUAAACACAUUGAAUAACACUAAUUUGCCAAUUGGUGCGGCUUCUGAUCUUCAACUCGGAUUCUCCCUGACCGCCAACAAUAUCAGAAACGGCUACCUUCAAAAUAACAACCUAGUCAUCUUCUUCGCCCGUGGUAACUACGAGAAGCUCUCCAACUGUUGCCCAGAUCCUACUGCUGACGCCGCCGCCGUCAGACAACUAGCCACUGUUCAAGGAGUUGUGAUCGGACCCUAUUCUUCUAAAAACCAAUUGGACGCGCUAACUGGCUCAAACUCAAUUGACGCAAAUGCAAUCAUGGGAUCUUCUCCUUUGAAUACAACAGACAGCCGUGCAUCAGUAGCACAGAAAAUCUCCGAUGCAAUUCUACCAGUGGUGGAUAAUUUCAUGAACAAUCAAUAUUGUCCAGGAAUUCCUCAAUUUGUCAACCCACCUUGCGAGGACCCAAUCGACACACUGAUCCUCCUUCACGCCAAUAACCAGAACAACUGGAACAACAUCCUCAACUUCACCGCUUAUCAGCUGAUCCCUGACCUGCUAGGUGCCACUGGAGCAGUUUCUGGAAGAGCACUCACCUCAUCGACACCAAUCAAUUUUGCAAUUGCUUCAUACUACUAUUUGGAUGUGUUGAUUCAUGCUGAUUUCACAUAUCUCCUGAGCCCAGCAGAUUAUCAAAGCUUGGUUAGUUCUAUCACAUUCCGGCCCACACAAGGAACUGCUACUUUGUCUACAGCUUACAAGAAGGCAAUUGAAAUCUUCCAAGACGGAAGAAACUACGCCAGUAAAAAUGUGAUUCUAAUCACGGACAGAAUGGACAUUAGUGACAUGGAGAAUGCAUUCUCGGAGCACGACGCCAUGGUUCAGCUUGUUGGAGGUUACACAUCUGCUCUCACAAUCAAUACAAACACUAUUCCGGGAGCUGAUUAUCAAGUCAAUAUUAAUGCAUAUCAGCUCAGCGGCUACAACAAAUACUCAGUGAGACAACUGGCCAACUCCCUCACUCAACAUACUUGCAUUUACCUUCCACUUCAACCUCCAACUCAACAGCCAGCAUCGCCAAGUCCAACUCUGCCUGGUCCAAUUCCAGUUGUCAAGGCUAGAAGUGUUUGGCCAGAUAUCACUCUGUUAGUCGAUACAUCUUCAAGCCCAGACAACGCGAUGACAGAUGUCUACUUUGAAAAGAUCCGUACUUUCCUUGACAUCCUUCUGAUCAAGUAUUCAGUGGGAGAGAAGGGAUCUAGGUUCACACUAGCCACGUUUGAUGGAACCACUGUUGAGUACUCUUGCAUCUUUGUUCAGACCAAUAACUACUACGACCUGAGCUCCUGCAGAAAUGAGAAGCUAUCUCUGUUCUCAAGAUCCCAUCAGAAUUAUAGGGAUGUUGCAAGUGUUCUUGCUAAUGUUCGACAGAAUGUCUAUGAAAAUACAACUUCUGGCUACAGAGCACUUAAUGAGAACUUCCUCGUGCUCUUCACGCUUGGAUCGUCAUCUUCCUCUGUAUCCCAGGAGCUGUCGAACCUCCAACGCAAGGGUAUUCGCACAAUUUCCAUUGGCCUCUCUUCAAAUAUGACUCCCUCGGCUCUAUCUUCAUUUGCUCAGAAUGCAUUCAUGGUAUCCGAUUGGAACUCUUCCUUCACUGGAAUCGACACAAAUUACAACUUGGCUGAUAGAAUCUAUCAAAUGACAACUAAAAAGCGUACACCAUCUACGUCGAAUUUCUUCGGAAAUUUGAUUUAUGUUGUUGACCAAUCCGGAAAUAGUUAUGCGGAUCAUAGCAAUAUUGUACAAUUUGUGUCAGACUCCGUGACUCCAUUCCUUGUGGGAAAUAUUAAAACUCAAAUCAGUAUUGUGCCAUUCUCUGACAAUGUCAUUGCUCCAUUGCAACUCUCUUCAUCACAGCUGGCUGUGGAUCAAUACCUGACAUCAUGGAAGUCCUCAAUGUCGUCUUCAUCCUACACAGCCAAUGUUGGAAAUGCAAUUCAAUACGUGUCAAAUAUGAUUGGAAAUCAACCAGACCGCCCAACUUAUAUUAUUUACGUUGUUGGAUCCACGAAUCUUACCGGUACGUCUUACUCGAAACAGCUCCUCUCCGGGCAGCAACUAUACGUGGCUAAUUACAACCAGUCAGCAAGCACCAAUUUCCAGGAGCUGGUUUAUUCGUCGAACAAUGUUUUCUCUGUCUCCUCAAGCAUUCAUCUUCUCAAUCGUGUGGUAUCGAUGCAAGUUUCUACACCAAAUCCAGUUUUGGCACUUUCCAAUAGAAUCUAUAGUGACCAACAAUCAGAAGAUAGUAUCACGUUCCCAACGUCCUCAAUUGCCGCCGACAUCAUUUUCCUUCUGGAUGAAACUGGUCUCACUGACUCUGAUUUUUCGAUCAUGAAGUCUUUCCUUCAAGACUUCACAUCCAAAUUCUCAGUCGGUCCAUCUUCCACACAAUUUGCUCUUCAGACAUAUAACGGAAGAACCAUUCCUCAUGACGGUUUCCAUUUGUUCGAGUCAACUAGCAAUGACGUUGUGAAGCAGAGAAUCCAACAGCUAACACUGGCCAAGGCCACUGAAAACUCUACUGACGCAGAUUUGGCAGGAGCUAUUGAGCAGGAAAUCUUCUUCUUCCUCACUGAGGCCAACGGAUGGAGAGAUGACGUCACCACUUAUACAAUCAUUUUAUCUCACGCCGAUAGUUUCUAUACAAAAGAUACUGGCACUGCAAUGCAAAUCAAGAACUUGACUUCUGUAUUUGCUUUGGGGCUCAACAACCAGAGAUUUGACUAUGUUAGAAAUUUCACAAAUACAGGAUUUUACGAGACUGUCAGAAAUGUUUCUAGUCUAUCGAUCAAUUCUCCAGCAGUCAACGAUCUCUUGGUAACUCUGAACAAUGAUUACAAGAACACCAUCUACCCAACACCAAUUUCCGGCAAGGAUGCUGUUAAGGCAGACUACAUAUUCCUGGUGGACAGUGCUCUUGGAGAAGGCUAUACACAGAAUGUGCAGAACUUCUUGAACAGUUUUAUCACUAAUGUUGGUAACUUUACAUCAACUGGAAAUGAUACGAAGAUGGCUGUGGUGACAUAUGGAAGAUCCGUGAACACUGUGUGGAGUUUGACGGAUUUACAAGAUGUGACGUCACUGAGAAUUCAGAUUUCAAACUUCCAAAUCACCACAUCUUCUGGAAUAAGCAACUUGAGAAGAGGAAUCGACUCAAUUAUUCUCAACGAGCCAGAGUUUGGUGUGGAUCCUAACCGGCCCAACUAUAUUAUUGUUAUUACUGGAUCAGAGACAAUCUCACCUAACAUCGACGGUCCAACAUCAAGACAUCUCAACACUAGAUACUCAACUUAUGUUAUUCAGACAAACUUUGAUAACAGCACAUUUUCUUAUACACCACAGGUUCUCGGAACACAACUGACCUCUGAUAGAGUGGCCCACAGCCCUGACUUAUAUUUGAACGGUGAUCGAUUAGGCGGAUUUGUGGAUUGGAUUUCAAAUGAAUACACGGCCUGGCAGCUCACGUUCCCAAACAAGUUAUAGAUAUAUAGAUAUCUUGUGAAUACUUUAUACUAUUUGUUAUUUUCUUUUUUUUUUAAAUAUCAUCUUGCAAAUUGUCAUUUGUUAUAGAAGUUGAAAUAAAUAAGAAAACCAAAC